UGGCACUAAUAACAAAGUAACAACAUUAAGAAGAAAGAAGCUCAAUUUCCCUAGUUACCCACAAUUGAUUUCUAUUUACGCUUUUGCCCCUACUUUUCUCCCUCACUUGUUGGCACUUCCCUCUUUCUUACGCUCUGCUCACUUUCUCUCUCUACCAAACCUUUCUCUUUCUCUAUCAUCUUUCCAUUGACAUGUCUUCUUCCGGCGGCGUCACCUCCGGCAACCCCCAGCAAUACUUCUGCCACCAGUGCAACCGCACAGUCUCCAUCGUCCCUUCUUCCUCCGAGCUCCUCUGCCCUAAUUGCAACGAAGGCUUCCUCGAAGAACUCGAAACUCCAAUCCCUAACCCUAACCUCAUCAAUCCUUUCUUCUCUUUCAACUCUGACUUCGCCGGAGGUCCCUCCGCCGGAAACCUCCCAUUCUUAUUCUCCGGUGGUGGCGACGAUCUAUCCACGCUGCUUGGCGGCGGCGGCGUUGGUAACACCGCCGCCUCCGGCGAAGCCUUUAACCCCUUUGUGUUCCUCCAGAACUACCUCCAAACCCUAAGAGCUGGCGGCGCCAACGUCCAGUUCGUGAUCGAGAAUUCCGGCGACCCUACAACCGGAACGUUCCGGUUUCCCGGCGGGAACAUGACUCACGGCGAUUACUUCUUCGGCCCGGGGCUCGAGGAGCUGAUCCAGCAGCUGGCGGAGAACGAUCCGAAUCGGUACGGGACGCCGCCAGCAUCGAAGUCAGCCGUGGAGGGGCUGCCGGACGUGUCGGUCACAGAGGAGCUGCUGGAAUCGGAUUCUUCUCAGUGCGCGGUGUGCAAGGACACCUUCAAGCUUUGCGAAUCGGCGAAGCAGAUCCCGUGUAAGCACAUAUACCAUUCCGAUUGCAUCUUGCCGUGGCUGGAACUGCAUAAUUCGUGCCCAGUUUGCCGUUACGAGUUGCCUACCGAUGAUCCGGAUUACGAGCGGAGGGCUCAGCGUGGUAACAACAACAGUGGGCAAUCGAAUUCCGAAAGUAGGGGGAAUCGGAAUUUUGAGUCGGAGACGAGACAAGAAGAUCUUGAUUGAGAGCGACUUGUGUUUCAUAAUGUGGCAGGUUAGAUUUAGGUGGUGAUAGCUUUGAGCCUGCAGCUAUGGAAGAAUGAGGUUUCUGAACUUCUAGUUUGUGUUAAACGAUAUGGAUUGUACAGCUGCUACUUCAAGGAACCUUCAUUCUUUUUCUUUUUUGCUUGGACAAAUUUGAACCAAAGUUGGAAAUAGUUUGAUAUUUUUUGUCAUGUUGUUUUGGAUGCAAUUGCUUUAUUGAUCAAUGUCAUAUUGUCAUCACAGCAAACAUUUAUAGGAUGAAGAAAGGAUUAUGGUUUCUCUUAUAGCAAACUUUGAAAGAAAAAGCUUCAGUUCAUUAAAAUAUUUAUGCCACACUUCCAACCCAUCUAGAUAAAUACAAAAGGUCAUUACAACAACAGAAGCUUCUGUAUCUCUUCUAUUAUUUAUGUUGGAGGAAUUAGCAGCUAUUGCAGUUGUUUUCAAUGUCUAUGAGCCUCAACAUGCCUGUGAUAAUACAGAUUUCUGUGAUUAACGUGAACAAUUUUUGUAUGAAGAUUUACCUCUGCUAAUGCAAUAUGAAGUCCCCCCAUAGCUACACAACUAAAGAUAUAUAACUAGUGUAAUGUCACUAACGUCCCCCCAUAAUUAUUCUGCUAAGUGAUUUUCUGCAAGAAAUGUUGUUUACAGUGAUCUCAGACUCAAAGGAUGUAUGGAGUAAACUUUCUUAAUCUUAUGUAGACUGUAAGACUUUGAUGUAUCAACUACUCAACUCAAUUGUUUCUUUAUGCACGCUAACUGAAUGAAUUAGCUUGGUUUCUCUUCUGCUUA